AUGUCCACGCUGGUGUGUGCACCAGCGCUUCUUCAGCAGCGCCUCGCGCUUGCUGACGGCUCUGAUCCGUCUGAGGCGAGCGACGUCGACUUCGACUGCUCCUGCAAAUCGAAUGUGUCCGGAAAGGGCCCCUCGUUCCGCGUGGACAAGUCCGGCGCGGGCGGCGCGCGCACCUCCCUCGCCGCCGCGAUUGCAGACGCGCGCACGGCCUGGCAGUACUCCGGCGACCCCGCGCCCGCGACGAUCGAGCUGGCCGCCGGGACGUACCGCGAGCGCGCCGUGCUCGACUUCCCCUGCCGAAUCCGCGCGGCGCCCGGCUCCGGCCCCGCGCCGACCAUCGUGUGGGAGACGGACGCGCCGUACGAGUCGACGGUCGUCGUGAUGGCCCCGGGGACGUCGAUCAAGGGCGUCAACAUCAAGCACCGCUCCCCGUCGGUCGCGAACAACUUCGCGGUGUACGUCAUGCAGGGGGCGUCGCUGUCGGUCGCGAAGAGCACAGUGACUUCGCAGACGGGCGCUGGCCUUGCGGUGGAGGGCGGGUGCCUGGAGAUGCGAGGGGUGACCGUCGAUUCGUGUGCCGGCGUGGGCGUGCAGUGCCUGGCGUCGAUCGAGGGGGACGCGGAGGGCCGGCUGGCGAUGGGGGAGUGCGUGCUGCGCGGCAACGGCGGGGGCGGGCUGCUGGCGCGCGGCGGCGUGCAGGUGUGCGCCACACAAGUUGAUAUCGAGGGAAACGGCGGCCCGGGCGUGCAGGUGGCCGACGCGCGGGUCCUGACGUGGCAGGACAUCAGGUACAACAAGAACAAGGGGGGGAAUAUUAAAAAGGGGCCCGGCGUGACGGGCCUGUGA